GUGAGUAGGCGCGGUUGCGGUCGCCAAGCGGCCUCCGCACUCAUUGUUUGGUACACCAGUCGAAAGUCUAUUGUACCGGCUAGGAGAACUCCUAGUUCCCGCGGCUUCCCUGGCGAAGAACUGCAACAUUGAAGGACUCACAGACCUCCAGUCCUCCUUGUGAUGACUUCUGAUAUGCUUCUCGACUCCCAUCUUUACAACGUUCUGUUUUUUGUUGGAUUGUUAUAGGCUUCAAUCACGCCAGCUCUUCUUUUCUCCGCCGGAAGGACUAAAACAUCUCCUUUACUUUGACGCCAGGAGCGAAACAUGCCUCCAGCCGAUCCGCCGAUCGAUAGAGGUCUCAUUAGAGAAAUCCUCACUGCAUACCAAGCCCAUUCCUGCGCGAUUCGAGCAGAGUUUGUUUCUUCGAAAUCUGAGUUCAAGUGUUUCCUUCAAGAUUUUGUGACCGCAGACGGCAUAGACGACAGGUGUGUCACAAAUGGGGCACAGCGACUGUUCAUACUUGGCUCAGGCAUGAAGUCGUUGAUCAACUUUGCGCUCUAUCGUAUGAUUGAAGAAGGAGGAGAUGUGUUCGGGAACGAUCACGAAGUCCGCAGACUCAUGGCAAACGCGUGGGAAGCGGACGCUUUUGGGCUGUACAACGCUCUCCGAAAGCUUCGAAAGCUUCCAGCGGCUAUGGUGCCCGCAAAAUACACGCCAUAUUUGUGUCAGCUAAUGACACAUACAAACGCGUUCCCAGCGUUUCAAAGAGGGUUGAUCGCGCUUGACGGCACAUUCAUCAUGUCUGAGGACACCUUCUGCGAGACUGUGGCAAAUAUCAUGGAUAGCAUACCCAAGCCCUCGAAAGGAAAGUUCUGUUACAGCAACUGGAAUACGCUGUUUCUUGCUUUUAUAAUCGAGCAUGCCACUGGCGAGCCCCUUUCACAGGCCCUAAAGAGGAUUGUACUCAAUUAUUGCGGAAUGAACAAUACCUGCUUCGAUUUGGAAACACUCAGGAAGAAGGAGCACAUGAUUGUAUCUCCUCAUGUUACCACGGCAGAAUCAGGGCUGCUCCAAACCGACAUUCCGUCGUUUCUUGACAGCGGCGCCGCACUAGCCAUCGGUGGCGGAUUCAGCUGCGUGGAAGACAUGACGAGAUUCCUCCAGGUCCUGCACGGACGGGUGCUCAACGGCGAUGAAAGAUUUCGCGACAUAUUCUUCAGAAGCGAAGAUGAGAUUACGGAUGGAGAAUGCAUAAAACGUAGCUUCUUAGGUGGUAUCUUCUCGGACCUGGACUCGGAAGCAACAGGGUCCGAAUCGUUUGAGCGCAUUCCAGGAUCAAAAGUGUACACACUUGGCCGCUAUGAUGGACAAUCUAUUGCGGCAAUCUCGAAGGCUGGCGCCGUGAGAGGAUACGCAAGCCACUUCUUUAUCAUCCCGAAAAUGGGAAUGAUCAUGUCUGUGAUGACUAACACAUCUGGGGUAGCAGAUCCAUCUCUAGUAGUGAGCCAGUUCAUCAUCCAGUCAGUUCUGGGAUUAAAACCUGCCAUACGCUUUUCUCGCCAAAUGAUGGCGGAGAUCUUUAAAGAAAAGCAAAGUAUUUUAAAAUCCGAUACUAGAUGCCAUCAAGCUGACAAGGGAUUCAGCUCUCAAGAAUGUAAGGAGCUCCAGGGAGAGUACGUUGAGACUUUGACAAGAAGACACCUUAUUAUUGAACAAGCAGGACAAAAUACGUUGCGUGCAUACAUGAAGGAAAGUAGCAGGUCCACUUCGAUUCAAACUACAAAGAUGAAAUUGAUCAAAAUUGCUGAGAAUGUUGUGACGUUUCUGCCAGAGCUUUCUAACGUGGCCAUCGAUACCUAUCAUUCUUGGAAACUUGUCGAAUUUCAGGUUAAACGAAGCCGUGAGGGCAAAAUAUAUGCGCUCGACAGGGCUGAUAUAACUAGCUCUCCGAAACUACGGUCCACUUGGUACAAUGAUUUUAACGAGAGUUUCAAGCACGUUGAUGGGUAACACUGGUGCGCGUUUUUCAAGUUGGUUUUUAUUCAGCCAAGACUAUGUACAUGAACCGUUGUUAAGAAAUACAACCAAGAUUGCUGCGUACCUAGAGCAUGUCAGCACAUGAUACAUACGGUGACGCUGGUACUUACCCAGCUACGAUUGCGAGUCCAGGUUUGUGCGCCGCGGUCGCAAGGAACGAAGACAGCAACGUAGAGAGGCACACGAACACAGCUAUGACGAUGAGCUUUGCAUUCUGGCUCCGCAAAUAC